AUGGGAACCAAGCUGCUCUGCUUUGUCCUCGCCUCGGCUCUCCUCGCUUACUACCUGUACACCCCUGUCCCGGAGGACAUCGACGAGCCCUGGAAGGUCAUGCUCCUCUCGACUAGCUUCAGGGUCAUGGGACACCUGGCUGAGGUUACUGACUGGCUGGGACUCAUGAACUAUAUGGAAGCUCUGAUGCUGAUCACGACUGCUGAGUACACCCCACCCACGUCUGAUGAAAAUGUCACUGUGACGGACACAGAGCUCAGCAAUGUGGCUGUCCGUCUGUUCCUGCCCAGAAAGCCAUCUGAGGGGCUGAGGAGAGCAGUGAUCUUCUUCCAUGGUGGAGGAUGGUGCUUAGGACAUGCAGGCAUGAAAUCCUAUGAUCGUCUAGCAAGAUGGACUUCAAACAGGUUAAAUGCUGUCGUGGUAUCAGUCAAUUACAGGUUGGCACCUAAGUACCAUUUUCCCGUUCAGUUUGAAGAUGUGUACGCGGUAACGAAGUUCUUUCUCCAGAGAAAUAUCCUCUCCCAGUACGGGGUGGACCCGGAGCGGGUCUGUGUUGCAGGAGACAGUGCAGGUGGCAACUUAGCUGCAGCUGUGGCACAACAGCUCUUAGAGGACUCUGAAGUUGAAACUAAGCUCAAAGCCCAGGUUUUGAUUUACCCUGCUCUUCAGUCCCUGGAUCUGAAUUUGCCAUCUUACCAGGAAAACGCAGACCAGGUGAUUUUAUCCAGGUCACUUACGGUCAAGUUCUGGAGCGAAUAUUUCACUUCUGACUUGGCUCUGAGGGACGCGAUGGCCUCCAACAGGCACGUCCCGCUGGAAUCGAGCCACCUCUUUCAGUUCGUAAACUGGAGCCAGUUUCUGCCCGAGGAGCUGAAGAAAGGUCACGUUUACACAGGUCCCGUCUACGGCAGCUCCGAGCUGGCACAGAAGUACCCGGGGUUCCUGGAUCCGCGGGCAGCCCCACUGCUGGUGAGCGAUGCCCGGCUGCGCCGCCUGCCCCUCACCUACAUCCUCACCUGCCAGUACGACGUCCUGCGGGAUGAUGGGGCCAUGUACGCCCAGCGGCUGCGGGCAGCGGGUGUGCCCGUCACCCAUGAUCACGCCAAGGAUGCCUUCCAUGGGGCAAUGACGUUUAUCUCGGCUCCAACUGAUCUAGCUGUAGGGCACCGGCUGGCCAACAGAUACCUGGAGUGGCUGGAUGAGAACCUGUGA